AAGCACAGAGGGGAGGGGGUUUGCUAACGUGGCCGAGGGAGAGGGCUGUGCCGUCUCUGCACAAUAAAGAGGAGCAGGAGGAGAGGAGCGUAGGGUGAGGUGCUGGAAGACGGAGUGUUGGGUGAGGUGCUGGAAGACGGAGUGUUGGGUGAGGUGCUGGAAGACGGAGUGUUGGGUGAGGUGCUGGAAGACGGAGUGUUGGGUGAGGUGCUGGAAGACGGAGUGUUGGGUGAGGUGCUGGAAGACAGACCGUAGGGAGAGGUGCAGAGCCAGCUCCUGGGCAGCCAGUAGUCGAGGACCAGAGGAGGGCUGUACAGAGGAGCCGACGCCUCCGACGGCCGAGGAGGGGGGGGGGAGCCCUACGCACGACGCCACGCCUCGGAUCCGCUCCACCAAUCAGCACUGGGAGCCCAUCGCGCCUGCACUGGCCUCUCCACAUCAACCCCUCUGUGCUCCACAUGGGUGUCUGCGCCCGCCCCGCCGGUUUCUCCUGCGCUGCUGCCCCCUCAGGGACCUACUCCCCGCCGAACCGUCAGCCCCUUUCAUCAGUCGGAGGGCUAGCGGGGGGCGUCUGAGCGCGGCGUCUCCGGAAAGUGGCUGGGAAGAUGACGACCAUGCAGAGGCUUCUGCAGCUCCCGGUGAAUGCGGUGAACAUGGUGAAGACGGCACAGGUUCAGGAGGAGGCCAAGAGCCCGGUGCUGACCCCCGACGGCGGGCAGCAGACGUGGUAUAACGCGGUCAGGCCAGACGAGCUCAGGUACCUCCGGUCCGGCGGCGAGCAGGAAGAGCGGCCAACGCUGGAGGAGGGUGUCACCAGCGCCCAAACACAGCCUCUGCGACAUGAUGACUUGAAGGAGAUGCUGGACAGUAAUAAGGACUCCUUGAAGCUGGAGGCCAUGAAGAGAAUCGUUGCUAUGAUUGCCAGGGGAAAGAAUGCUUCAGACCUGUUCCCUGCAGUAGUGAAGAAUGUGGCCUGUAAGAACAUUGAGGUGAAGAAGCUGGUGUAUGUGUACCUGGUGCGCUAUGCGGAGGAGCAGCAGGACCUGGCUCUGCUCUCCAUCUCCACCUUCCAACGAGGCCUAAAGGACCCCAACCAGCUGAUCCGUGCCAGUGCUUUGCGGGUGCUCUCCAGCAUCAGGGUCACCAUUAUUGUGCCCAUCAUGAUGUUGGCCAUCAAAGAGGCGGCAUCUGACAUGUCCCCCUACGUGCGCAAGACCGCUGCUCACGCCAUACCCAAGCUCUACAGUUUGGACCCAGAACAGAAGGACCAGUUGAUCGAGGUCAUCGAGAAACUUCUUGCCGACAAAACAACACUGGUGGCCGGGAGUGUGGUGAUGGCAUUUGAGGAGGUGUGUCCAGAACGCAUAGACCUCAUUCACAAGAACUACCGCAAGCUCUGCAACCUGCUGAUUGACGUGGAGGAGUGGGGUCAGGUGGUCAUCAUCAACAUGCUCACCCGCUACGCCCGGACACAGUUCCUCAACCCCAACAUGAACGAGUCCCUGCUGGAGGAGAGCGGGGAGAAGGCCUUCUACGGCUCGGACGAGGAGGACGGGAAGGAUGAGAAGGUUGAGGCCACUGCCCUGGCCAAGAGGAAGCCCUAUGUGAUGGACCCGGACCACAGGCUCCUGCUGCGCAACACCAAGCCCCUGCUGCAGAGCCGCAACGCAGCCGUGGUGAUGGCAGUGGCCCAGCUUUAUUUCCACCUGGCUCCAAAAGCGGAGGUGGGGGUCAUUGCCAAGGCCCUUGUGCGCCUCAUGAGGAGCCACAGUGAAGUCCAGUACGUAGUAUUACAGAAUGUGGCCACAAUGACCAUCAAGAGAAGGGGGAUGUUUGAGCCAUACCUGAAGAGUUUCUACAUCCGAUCCACUGAUCCAACCCAAAUCAAAGUCCUCAAAUUGGAGGUUUUGACCAAUUUGGCCAAUGAGACCAACAUAUCCACUAUUCUGAGGGAAUUUCAGACGUACAUCAAAAGCAUGGAUAAGGACUUUGUUGCGGCCACCAUCCAAGCAAUCGGCCGCUGUGCCACCAACAUCGGCGAGGUCAGGGACACCUGUCUGAAUGGGCUGGUCCUGCUGCUGUCCAACCGGGAUGAGCUGGUGGUGGCUGAGUCAGUGGUGGUGAUCAAGAAGCUUCUUCAGAUGCAACCAGAGCAACACAGUGAUAUCAUCAAGCACAUGGCCAAACUCACAGACAACAUCCAGGUCCCCAUGGCAAGGGCCAGCAUCUUGUGGUUGAUUGGGGAAUACUGUGAGCACGUACCCAAGAUUGCACCUGAUGUGCUGAGGAAGAUGGCCAAGUCAUUCACUAAUGAGGAGGACAUUGUCAAGCUGCAAAUCAUCAAUCUUGCAGCAAAGCUUUACCUGACCAACUCCAAGCAGACUAAACUUCUCACACAAUACGUCCUCAACCUGGCCAAGUACGACCAGAACUAUGACAUCAGGGAUCGGGCACGUUUCAUCCGCCAGCUCAUCGUACCCACAGACAAGAGUGGGGUCCUUAGCAAGUACGCCAAGAAGCUGUUCCUGGCCCUGAAGCCAGCACCUGUCCUAGAGUCUCCAUUCAAAGACAGAGACCACUUCCAGUUGGGCUCUCUUUCCCAUCUGCUCAACGCUAAGGCUGGGGGCUACCAGGAGCUACCUGACUGGCCCGAGGCAGCUCCAGAUCCCUCCGUGCGCAACGUGGAGGUGAAGGAUACUGUUCCUGAGUGGACCAAGUGCAGCAGCCGAGAGAAGAGGAAGGAGAAGAAGGUGGAGAAGCCCUUCUAUUCGGACUCAGGUGGAGAGUCUGGGCCCACAGAGUCUGCAGACAGCGAGUCAGACAUGGGCAGUGGGUCAGAGAGCGGCAGUGAGAGUGGCAGUGAGGAGAGCGGCUCUGAAUCUGGAAGUGAGGACAGUGAAGAGGAGUCAGAGUCAGAGAAGGAGGAGGAGAAGAAGAAGAAGAAGAAGGCAGACAAGAGCAAAGCCAAAAAAGCUGCACCGGAGAGUGCAGAAAGCGAGCAGAGCAGUGGAGAGGAGCGAAAGACUGUGAAGAAGAGCAAAGUGCCCAGGAGUGGGUCAGAGUCUGAGUCUGAGGAGGAAGAGGAGACCUCGUCUGAGAGCAGCGAGUCCGAAUCGGAGUCCGAGCAGGAGUCAGAGUCUGAUACAGACACAAAGCGGAAGAAGAAGACCACUUCAUCCAAAGCACCUCCAAAGCAACCCAAAAAGGAGAAGAAAGAGAUGUCCCUGCUUGAUCUGGAUGACUUUGACCCUGCCCCUUCACCUCAGGUCACCCCGGUCAAUAAUUUCCUAUCCAGUAGCCUGGUGACAGACCUAGAGGGGCUGUCCUUGACAGACACCGCCCUGUCCCCUGUGACCAUCAGCCCCACAUCCAGCUCUGUGAAGACCUACGAGCUGCUGCAUCGCAUCACAGGGGAGGGCCUGGCCGUGCAGUACUGCUUCAGCCGCCAGCCCUUCAGCCCUGACCCGCACAUGGUGGCCGUGCAGAUCCAGUUCACCAACAACACCGAGUCCGAGGCCAAGAGCCUGUCCAUUCAGGAGCCCAAGCUGCAGUCUGGCAUGCGGAUCAAGGAGUUCCCCGAGAUCGAAGUGUUGCCCCCAGGGGAGACGAUCUCCGUGGUUAUGGGCAUCGAUUUCUGCGAUUCCACACAAGCAGCCAACUUCCAGCUCUGUACUCACACUCGGAAGUUCUUUGUGUCGAUCCAGCCCCCAGUGGGAGAGCUGUUGAUGCCGGUCUUCAUGACUGAGAAUGAGUUCAGGAAGGAGCAAGAGAAGCUAUUACAGUUGAGUGUGGGUCAGCUGAUGGGCAUGAAUGAGAUCACAGAGCGGCUGACCCUGGGCGAGAAGUGCCAGAGUGACCAUGUGAUCGUGCAAAGGGUUACAUCCGCUGCCAACCUCAGCCGGGUGCCCUGUGGCUCAGAGAAGGAGUGCAGGUUUGCAGGGAAGACGGUGACGAGUGGCAGUCUGGUGCUGGUCACUGUGGUGACGAAAGAGGGACGUGCGGCCCAGCUCACAGUCAACUGUGAGAAGAUGGUGAUUGGCACAAUGUUGGUGAAGGACAUCCUCCAAGCUCUGUCCCAGUGACAGACUGUCUCCUUGACUGCAACUAUCUGCUUUAGCCCUGCAAUUCACACCCCUCAUCCCCCACACUCUGCUUCAGCCAAGGCACACCUAGUUAUCCAGCAACCUCUAAAAACAGCCCUCACUAUAGUUACCCAGUAACCUAUAACUGUAACCCUCUCCAAGCACCAUUUACAGAAACAUUAUCACCACCUGGAUUAUGUACCCAGCUCUGAUUAUGAUUUGAAUGUUCAACUUUGCAAUUAACAUAUAAUUAGCGUAUCUACCAUACCUAUAUUUUGUGCAGCAUUAUAUUAGGAAUAGAAAAUAAGAGGAUUCUUAUGUAAGGUGCUGCCAUGGCUAAAAGGGAACCUAAUGCAAAAAACAGCUGAAUACAGUUUAUGCCUAAAUACACCUCAUAAUGGAGCACAAGGUCCUCCAUUUGUUCCAAAAAUACAAGGCCAUUGUCAUUUGUCAUGAUUAGUCUGAAAAAAAAAUCUAUUCUAAUCUAAUCCAUAAUGUUAUGGAUUCUGGAACAAGGUGGUGUCAAAGACCCUGUUUACGCUUGGUUUUAAAAUGCGUUUCGGUGAUCCGAACACAAGUGGACAGCCGAGACACAUCGCCGUUCACACCUGUGUCUAUCAUGCGUCUCCAAGGUAUCCAGCUGACCACUUUUGUUCCGAUUUCGUUACUGCCUACCUCACUUCCGUUAGAAGGUCAAAGGGCCCCGCGCACAGUUAUUACGUCAGUCUGUCGCCAGACAAGCGCCAGAUUUGUUUCGCACGGGCUAGCUAAGAAAACAAAAAUGUUUCAAGAACUAAUAUAUAUGCACAUUCCAACUGUUCAGAUAGGCAGGGCAAAGUCAUUUGCGACUUGCGAAAGAGCGCAGGACAAGACGAAGACUGUCACCAAAACAACCACCACGUCCUGCAUUCAUGACGUAUUUUCCUGGUACAUCCUUGUCGGGGACCCAUCAGGACGCAUUAGCAUUUACACUACAAAAGAUAUGUGGUCAAAUGCAUCCCAGACCACCUCGGCAAGUGGUUUGAGUGAUUGGAUCACAAUGCGUCUUGGUGGUCGUUCACACUUGUAUUUAGUGCUGUCCACUUGUGAUCCGAUCGCCCAAGAUGCAUUUUAAAACCAAGUGCAAACAGGGUCAAGGUGUUUUACUUUUUCCAAAGUGAAUAACAGCACUGUCCUGCCUGAGAACUGAAACUGCUACUGUCGGUUACAAUGGUGGGGUGUGGGUUACGCUGCACCCCCUGCUGCCCACUGUCUUACACGUUGUCAUAAUGGGAACAUUAACCUGAUGUAGGGCUUUUAUUCUUUAGUUUGUUUGUUUUUUCUAACAUUUUAAACAAUAGGGGGAUUUUGUGGCUGACACUAACCAACAUUCAGUCAUUCACAUAGAAUUGGCAUAGUCUGUGGAAGGAUAUAACCACAAGAACACAGAAUUUAAAUGCAGAACAAGAUUGUGACACCUGCUACCAUCAUACCCUUGGUCUAAUUACAUCAUCAACAAGUUUAAUACUUAGAUUGGAGUUUCUUAGCCCAUAACAUGCACUGUAGUACUGGAUCUCAGUUUGAUUAGCAGAUGGGUGAUAUACAGACCAUAUUUAUACGUAUAUGUAUAGUACUCUAGAUGUACAUGUCUUAUACUUGUGACUUUUGUGUAUGACAUACACUUUACAACGACAGUUUAUUCAUAUUAUAAGUAGCUUAAUUAUCAACACUCAAACAUAAAGUCUUCAGAUCAGCUGGAAUAUGGAAUAUCUAACAUUUUACAAUUUUGAAUGCCUGAUCGAUAAUGUGAACUGGUCUAGGAUGUAAUCUAAACUGUACACUGUAUACUCCAGUGGUCUUUCACCAUGUUUUAUCAGUGAAAUGAGGGGGGGGAAAUGGUGGGAACAUUCAUUAGCAAUUUAUUUUGAUGAAUAAGAUGUAUAAGACAAAAUAUAGGGUUAAAAAUUGAGUAAAUAUGUCGGUCAAAGUCUACAAUUAGUCAUUUACAUGAGUCACCCACAGUAUAUUAUAUUUUUACUUUACAGCAUAGUGUUCUGUAACAUGGUCAGGGCUGAAGGAGAGAAGGUCUGCCUUGACUGUUGGCAAGGUCUGUUCAUCUCACCUCUGCCUAGCAUGAAUGUAGCAUGUGGACUAAGUUGUACCUAUUGAAAGACAGAGGGUACAGUACCGUUGAACUGCCAUUUUCAGCAUAGAAAGGUAAUGAUUUUAACCAGAUAAUUAUAUAAGUAUGUUCAAACCAAACAGGGUAUUUCAUCAUGGGGUAACUUUUGCUUACAACUUAUUACCACCUCUUUUAAUGAUGCCACGUAUAUAGUGCUUAUCGGUACAGUGAGAGUUUUCAGUGUUUCAAAUGUGCAGAGGUUAUUUAUUUUCAUUCAAAACCUUUUUUUCACAUUUUGAGACCAUGAAAUGGUGGAGUUAAAACUAAAUUGUCAUUUGGUGUAUGUCCUAGGACUCCUGUAAUCUCAUAAACCAUGCAAGAAUUUAGUAAACAUAAAUUACGAUAAAAUAAUGGGUAUUACACAACAAUAUGUAAUACAAAAUGCCAUCCAAGUCAUUCAUCUGGUGCAUGGCUUAGAUUGAAUUAUGACAUAGACCUUGUGGGGGCUGAGUGAAUGAGUACAACAUUGAGACUUUUCUCCAUUUUCAAAAUAAAGUGGUUCAGUUCACAGCAGGUUCUUGUUCUUCUCCCCUGUUCAUUUGUACAAGCAUUUUGUAUUGCUUUAGUAAACUUAUGUAAGAUGCAAUUUUCCAUUGAGUUAAGUGCUUGUAUCGUGAGUCAUAUAUACCUGUAUUUUGCAUGUUACUUUCCAGGGCAAUGAGCAUUGCAACUCCGAUUAUUUUUGUAUAUUUUGUGGUUACAGUAGAAAGCUGAAACUGUAUUCCUGGUUCACACCCAAUAAAUACAGAAUGAGUGAAUUUAGUGCAGUGGUUGUAAAGAGAGAUUUAAAGACUGGUUUGCAUGUCUUAAAACACUGAUUACUGUGCUGUGUGAUUGCUGCAGUGGUGCAAAGAUGCAGUUCUCUGUUCCUUUUAAGGGAGGCCUGGCCCAGCUUGCUGUUUCUACUUCUAAAUUGUAUUCAUUCUAUAGGACAUCCAUGCUUUGAAAUUUUUCAAAGGAUGCUUGUGCAAUUUAGUAGGCAAUUGAUAGGACUGAAUUAAAACAAAAGCUGGAAAUACUGGCAAACAUUUUAUGAUUAAAAAUAAGGUAGGUCAUAUAUUUAUUUCUGAGCAAUUCAUAUUAAAGGUUAUCGCUUCUCUACUUUUUUCUUAGACAAUGUUCAAUGUGGCAGGAAAAAUGAACUAUGUAUUAGAAAUGCAUCAAAGCAUGUUUUCCCACUGAUAAUGUUAAAUGCAAACACUGGCCUUCUUUUACUGUUUAUUUCUAUAUUUAACACUCAUUUAUUAUGUUUGUGAAUAGCAUCAGUAGUGUGUUUCAGUCUUCCCCUUUCUUCUGUGUGGUUGUUGAAAUGGUGUGAGUAUUACAGCUUUAUUUAUUUUACAAAUGAAAAUGUCAAUAAAAGCUGAUUAUUCAAA